CAGGAAUUUCCCGUCAUGCCUCCCUGGGCGCCGGGCCCGUCCCCGCUAUCCCGGGGGGCGGAGGGCGGAGGGGGGGUUGGAGCCGCGGCCGCCGCUCCCUCGGGCCUCCCCUCAUGCGCGCUGCGCCGCCGCCGCCGCUCCUCUCCGCACUCGUCCUGGCGCUGGCGGCCAACGCAGGAGCCGCAGCUCUUGCCCCUGUUGUUUGCCUCUGGUUUUGUUGGUGAGGAUAUCACAGUGAUGUCUGCAUUCAACCUGCUGCAUUUGGUGACAAAGAGCCAGCCAGUGGCCCUGCGAGCCUGUGGGCUUCCCUCAGCUUUCCGUAAUGCAUAUCACCAAAGAUGUAUGAUUACAGGUGGCUCUUCACGUGUCCUGAAAGAGAAUAAAAGGUCAUGUAGGGAUAAAAAAGACUGUAAGGUGGUCUUUUCCCAGGAGGAGCUGAGGAAGCGGCUGACACCCUUGCAGUACCAUGUCACUCAGGAGAAGGGGACGGAAAGUGCCUUUGAGGGGGAGUACACACAUCAUAAAGCUCAAGGAAUAUACAAAUGUGUUGUUUGUGGAACUCCUUUAUUCAAGUCAGAAACGAAGUUUGACUCCAAUUCAGGUUGGCCUUCCUUCUAUGAUGUGAUCAGUCCCGAUACAAUUACUCUCACUGAUGAUUUUUCCUAUGGGAUGCAUCGGAUUGAAAUAUCCUGCAGUCAGUGUGGUGCACACCUGGGGCACAUUUUUGACGAUGGACCUCGUCCAACUGGCAAACGAUACUGCAUAAACUCUGCUUCGUUAUCCUUCAAGCCUGCAGAGAAGAACAGCGCUGGAGAAGGCAGUGGUAGCACCCGUCCUGCCCAAACAGGCAAAGCUGAGCUGUAGGACAUGGCAAACCCUCAGAGAGCUGCUCUCAUCCCGCACAGCUCACAAGGCAUGUUUUCUGAGUUGCCUGCUACCUUAUAUCCUAAGAAUGUGUAAAUGUAUGAGAGCAUUUUGCACCAUCCUUUUUCUUCCGCUCCUUUCUGGAGCUGGGGCCUUGCCUGCCAGUGCAUUUUACUAUAUAAUUGGAUUGAAAAAAAAUGCAUUGACUGACUCCACAGGUUUUCUUCUUUUUUCUUUUUCUUUCUUUCUUUUUUUUUUUUUUUUUUUUUUUAGAGAUUGCUUUGGGGAAUCCUUAAAUCAAGGGGCUUUGGCAUUGCGAGUUAGGAGUUUCUUACAGUAAGUCUGAAUAAUAUUCCUUUUUGUGUGGGGGAUGGGAAUUGUGUUUAUCUCCAGUUUAUAGGAAAUUUCUGGCUAUAAGAAAUCCCGGAUUCCCAGCACAUCUCUGCUUUGUUCUGACUUGCGAGGCACGCACCCUUGGUCAUAUGCAUUCAGCCAUCUCCGAGUUUCAGCCGCACCCUGCAAAGGCUUGUAUUUAUGGCAGUUCCUUCCCAACUAGAAGAGAUGGAUAAGAUGCACAGCCCAUCUUUUGACUAACUUACUGCCAAAAUUUCAAGGGCGUAGUUAGAAAGGGUGUAAACAUUGUCUCAGCAUCUGUUUUCCCCUCUGGUAUUCAAAUAAAGGUUCUAACCUGUAAGGCUCACUUAUGCAAGCUUCUAAUGAGACUUGAUUUUGUGAGGCCUGAAAUCUGAAUUAAGGCUGAAAUCUGCCAGGGCCAUUCCAUGGACAAUUGCAGAGAUGAACCGGAGCACUGCUAGAUAAGGGAUGACACCCUUUAUCUUUUUAUCUGGUCAGCUGCUUGACAGUAGGAUUCAGAAACAGGACAAUUUCUGCUAAAAGGGAGCUGAGGAACGCAGCAGGCAGAGGGACACCUGAAGUGCCCUGUCUGACAGCGUGGCCUGGACACGUGCUGCCUGCAGGGCCACAGCCCUUGUUUUGUGCAAUUGCAAUGCAGGACACAAGUGCAGAGUUGGUUUAAGAAACCGAAUGGAAAAAAGCCUAUCAAAGCUCCAGCAGUUUUCAUGUAGCAAAAUUUGCCAUCCCAUAAGGUGUUUUUCACAGCUGCUUUUAGAUUUCAUUGAAUAAGUUUGCCUAGAGUUGUGCAUAAUACUGUUUCUUAAGCUAUAACAUACAGCAUUUGCUGACACCGCUUUGCCUUUAAGCGUUGAGAGACUUGAUGAAUACAGUAUUCACUUUUAUUAGCAAACCGUGUGUCUAACAUAUUUGGAUCCAGUUUUAUUUCCAGGAGGAGCAAAACAACCACUGAUUUUUAUGGAAGCAGGAUCGAGGUUUUUAUGUCGGUGAUAAUAAACACAUUUCCUAGAGUACGAACAUACUUCUGUUAAAAUACAGCAACUGUAAAAGCAUGCAGAAUGGCCAGAAUUGCCAAUACAAAUAACAAAUGCAUGAAAAAAGCAUACAGUACCUUAGCUUAGACUACAUGCAAAUCAGAUGAUAAAUACUUAGAGCUGAAAGUGCAGUGAGCACCUACUCGCAUGAGCAUUCCCCCAGAUGUCAUAUAGGGAAUAGCUACUAGCAAGGCUACUGCAGACUGACCUGUGCUGUUUCAAGGCAGUCAAGUUCCUCCUGGUCCCGUCGGUUUUUAGCAGUUUCUUAGAGAAGGGCUGCUCUGAUCCCUUGCUUUUAUUUAAAGAAAAGUAGGUUUUCUCGACCACAUUUUCUGACAUAAACGUAAAAAAGGCAGCAUCUAUAAAAAUGUGGUACGUAAAUGUGGUUUAAUUCCAGAUUGCUGUUGGAUUUAAGUGUUAUCAAAUUUCAGUCUAUUUCUGCCUUAUGUUAAAGAAAUAUAUUGCUUGAACUUCAGUAUGCAGUAAUGUGUGCUGUCCUACAGGAGAUUUAUUUUUGCAGGAUAUGGAGUGCAAUGAAAUGAGUCAAUAUGGUGAGGUGUAUGUGAUCUCUGGGAGUUAGACCAUUUAACAUAGGAAAUGCAUUGUUCUCUCCUGUGUGCAAACUAUACUACAGCACAGGGCAAGGCAAGACAGAUUUCCUUUUAUUGCUUUUAGAAGAUGCUAGGAAGGGCUAGUGUUGAACCCUCCAAAUUUGGUUCGGUCUGGUUAUGAUCAUGCCAGAGGAAAUUUGGGAAUAGAGCACAACGUAUAGAACAAUAGGAGAGUAUUUCUGUAUCUUUACAUUUUGCACAGUCUAGAUGCUUAUGAAAACUAAAUGCAAAUUGGGUAGAAAUAGCAAACUAUAUUUUAUAAUAUCUCUGUUGUUACUCAGAUGUUUAAAUAGCAUACCUUAAAAUACUGUGUCACACGUUAUUUAUAUAUACUAUAUAUAUAAAAAAUUGCACAUGUUUAUAUAUAUAUAUAUAUAUAUAUAUACGUGCACAAACAUAUAUCUAUCCAAGUAUAAUUUUAGCUUCAGUACCUUUUUAAUAACUGAAACCUUUCCUUAAAAGAGUUCAAUACUUUUAAGAAAUCAAAUAUACGUUUUUCAAAUUAAAUUUGUUUUCAUAUAUUUGUUGUACACAAAUAUAAAAUAAAUUCCUUUAUAAAUAA